AUGGCGAAAGAAGGUCAGCGGUCAGCCGCUGCUGACAAGGGCAAGGGCAAGGUGGAUGAUGCUCGCGAACUGAAUGGCCAGAAGAAGGAUGCAAAGGACGACAAGGGUUCCAAGCUCGGAAAGAAGGAGGAUAAGGAUGAUGACCUACAGGAGGAGGAACUCAAUGAAGAGGAUCAGGCUCUCAAGAAUGAGCUUGAGAUGCUUGUCGAGCGACUCAAGGAACCCGACACGUCUUUGUAUCGUCCUACCUUAGACGCUAUCAAGAACUUUAUAAAGACAUCUACAUCAUCGAUGACGGCCGUUCCGAAGCCUUUGAAAUUCCUCCGACCGCACUAUGAUGAGCUCACCGAAUUAUACGAGAAGUGGCAAGCAGGAUCUGACAAGGAUGCUCUCGCAGACACACUUUCGGUUCUUGGAAUGACAUAUGGUGUGGAAGACAAGCUAGAGACGCUUAAAUACCGUCUUCUAUCGAAGUCUCCCUCCGAAGAUUUGGGUUCUUGGGGCCACGAAUACGUUAGACACCUUGCUCUAGAGAUUGGACAGGACUACCAGAACCGAUUGUCCGAAGAUAAGGACUUUGGUGACCUCACUGAGUUGGCUCUGUCUCUUGUCCCUUACUUCAUUACACACAAUGCCGAAGCCGACGCCGUGGAUUUACUCAGUGAACUUGAGAUGAUUGAGGAGAUUUCGAAAUUUGUGGACGACAACACAUACCAAAGAGUCUGCCUGUAUAUGGUGAGCAUGGUCAACUUGCUCACAUAUCCAGAGGACCACCAAUUCCUGCGCACAGCGCAUGAAAUUUAUGUCCGAUACAACAAGCUGACCCAAGCGAUCGUUAUUGCCAUUCGGCUCAAUGAUGUGGACCUUAUCAAGAGUGACUUCGCCGCUACAGAUGAUAAAGCAUUGAAGAAGCAGAUGGCCUUCUUAGUUGCUCGACAGCAAAUAUGGCUAGACCUACCAGGCGAUGACGAGGAAGACCAGGAAUUGGCGGAAUGUCUUAACAAUACUCAGAUCCCCACCCACUUCAAGGCCUUGGCGAAGGAGUUGAACAUCCUUGACCCCAAGAUGCCCGAGGACAUCUACAAGACACACUUGGAAAGCAGCAGAGGCGCAGGUUUGACGAAUGUGGAUUCUGCUCGGCACAACUUAGCCAGUGGGUUUGUUAACGCCUUCGCCAACGCGGGAUUUGGAAGCGACAAGAUGAUGUUAGUUGAGAGUGACAAGGGAUCCUGGGUGUGGAAAACGAAAGAUGACGGAAUGCUAUCAACUACUGCUUCGCUUGGUAUGCUGCUGCACAGAGAUGUCGAAGGCGGUCUAGACAAAAUCGACAAAUUCACAUACGCCCAAGAGGAUCAAAUUAAGGCUGGUGCGCUGCUUGCCAUCGGUAUUCUUAAUUCUGGAGUCAGGCUUGACUCUGAUCCUGCAAUGGCUCUUCUCAGCGAUCCAGAUAACAUUGAGAACAAAAGCAUUCCAAUGCGAGUUGCAUCUAUCAUGGGUCUCGGCUUGUCCUAUGCUGGGUCGAACAAGGAGGAUCUUUUGGAUGUUCUUCUCCCGAUUGUCGAGGAUGCAUCAUUGGACAUGCAGCUCUCUGCUAUGGCUGCCGUUGCCCUAGGAUUGAUCUUCGUUGGCUCUUCCAAUCAUCAAGUCUCGGAGGCUAUCGCUUACACACUCAUGGACGAGGAACGGCAAAAGCAGCUUAAAGACAAAUGGACAAGGUUCAUGGCACUUGGAUUGGCUUUGCUAUACUUCGGCAGACAGGAGGAGGUUGAUGUCAUCCUGGACAUUCUCAAAGCUGUUGACCACCCCAUGGCUAAACCCACAGCUGUUCUUGCUUCGGUUUGCGCGUGGGCUGGCACUGGCACUGUCUUGAAGCUUCAGGAACUCCUUCACACAUGUAAUGAAUUCAUCGAAGACAAGGAGGAGAACAAAGGUGAUGAAUUGGUUCAGUCAUAUGCUGUCCUCGGUCUGUCUCUUAUCGCUAUGGGAGAAGAUGUUGGUCAAGACAUGAUUCUGCGACAAUUUGGACAUUUGAUGCAUUAUGGCGCUAGCAACAUCCGGAAGGCUGUGCCACUUGCAAUGGGACUUGUGAGCCCCAGCAAUCCCCAGAUGAAAGUCUACGACACCCUGUCACGAUACAGUCACGAUAACGACAAUGAUGUUGCUAUCAACGCCAUCUUUGCCAUGGGUUUGACGGGUGCCGGUACCAAUAAUGCCCGUCUAGCGCAACUACUUAGACAGCUCGCCAGCUACUACCACCGUGAUCAGAACUCUCUCUUCAUGGUCAGAAUUGCUCAAGGUCUUCUGCAUGCGGGCAAGGGAACAGUUUCUGUCAACCCAUUCCACACAGACCGCCAAGUGUUAUCUCGAGUGGCUGCUGCAGGCUUGCUAACUGUUCUGAUCGCCAUGAUUGAUGCGAAGCAGUUCAUUCUGGCGGAGCAUCACUACCUUCUAUAUUUCCUCAUCACAGCAAUGCAUCCACGCUUCCUUGUUACCCUUGAUGAGGACCUGCAGCCUCUCACCGUGAAUGUGCGCGUCGGUCAGGCUGUGGAUGUUGUUGGUCAGGCUGGUCGACCAAAGACUAUUACUGGUUGGCAAACACAGAGUACACCCGUCCUUCUUAGUCACGGCGAGAGGGCUGAGCUUGAAGAUGAGCAAUAUAUCCCUCUCAGCAGUACACUUGAAGGACUUGUCAUUCUGCGCAAGUCGCCAUCUGGAAUUAUUCUCUGUGUCGAAUGCUUUGUAGAUCCCUUUGCGAUUGAAUAUCAGAAUCAGAAGUUGUUCCCAAUUAGAACCAUGAAGCUCGACGCAAAGGCAAUGCGGUAUCUCACCGCAGAGGACUUUCGAGUCCUUGCUGCUGUCGAGGCAGGAAGUCGCAAUCAUGAAGUCGUCCCGACUCCUUUAAUCGUGCAGUUAUCUGGCCUUCGAGGUGGCAGCGGUGUCCACAAGAGCAUUUCGAAUCUAGCCAAGAUUAACCUCAUUGCCAAAGUAAAGAAUGCUAAGUACGACGGAUACAGAUUAACAUACGGUGGUCUCGAUUAUUUAGCGCUCAACACCCAUCAAAAGCAGAAAAGCAUCUACUCAGUCGGAAACCAAAUUGGUGUUGGCAAGGAGUCGGAUAUCAUUGUCGUUGCCGCUUCCGACGGAUCGCAGCGUAUCCUCAAAAUCCACCGUCUCGGCCGUAUCUCGUUUCGCACUGUCAAGACGAAUCGCGAUUACCUUCGCAAUCGCAGCACUGGAUCAUGGAUGUAUAUGUCGCGACUCGCCGCGGUUAAGGAGUUUACUUUUAUGAAAGCACUUCGCGAAAAUGGCUUCCCAGUCCCGGAGCCCAUCGCCCAGAACCGACACACUAUUGUCAUGAGUUUGAUUGACGCUUUUCCCUUGAGACAGAUUUCCAAGGUUGGGAAACCAGCUGUUCUUUACGCGGAGCUGAUGGCUAUGAUCGUCAAACUUGCGCGCUAUGGUCUAAUUCAUGGUGAUUUCAACGAAUUCAAUAUAUUGAUCAAGGAAGAAACGGAUAUCAAUGCAAAGGGCAAGGCCCCUGAGAAUGCAGAGCCUAACGACGAUGAUAUACGGCUGAUUCCGAUACUAAUUGACUUUCCUCAAAUGGUCUCCGUCGACCAUGCCAAUGCAGAGAUGUAUUUUGACCGUGACGUGAACUGUAUAAAACGAUACUUCCAACGUCGAUAUGGGUUUACAAGCGAUGACCCUGGCCCGUUCUUCGCGGACGCAAAGAAACAGCUUAAGAAAAGUCCUGGAAAGCGGUUAGAUGUCGAAGUCGAAGCCUCCGGGUUCUCGAGAAAAAUGGCUCGAGAGUUGGAGAAGUAUAUGAAGGAAGUAGGAGUUGAUGGCGAUGCUGAAAAUGCCGAACGCAGUGACCUGGACGAUGGUGAAAAUGAGAGCUAUGAUGAUGACGAGGAGGAAGAAGAAGAGGAAGAGGAUGAGGCGCAGGAAGAGGAUAGCAAUGAAGAUGGUCGACCAGAGGCUGCAUCGACGGAUCGUGAUAUAGACUCGAGCACAAGGAGGAUAGACGACCUGAAAGUUUCUGACUCUGGAUAA